AUGACGGUGUGCGAACUCGAUUUAUUCGCAUCACUGGCCCGAAUGGAGCGUGAGCUUCACCACAAGAAGCGCGAUGUCGAGAUGAUAAUGAGAGACUGGAAGCGUUUCUGGAGCAAGGUGUACGACGGAUGGAACUCUGCUUGCAGAGUAGAUGAGGAUAUGCCUAUUGAGCCACCAACAUUCCCAAACACAGAUGUUCUCGUUGGUGUUCUUUCUCGAGACCACCCACCCACUGAAGAAUGCCCAUCCCGAAAGAAACCGCCUGAACGUCGACGGGGCGCCGACGUCUUCCUAAGUGCCACGACUAAAGCAACGAACGACACGGUGGAUUUCGUGUGGAAGGAUUCCCAGGGAAAGAUUGUGAAUCCUUCUCAUGUUCGAAUCACUGUCGGGAAAUACACCUCGGCCAUGUACCUGGCGAUUGAGCGUUACGACAACAGCCUGACAAAGGCAUAUGACGAACUUAACGACGCGCGCAUUAUCAACUAUGCUCGACGUGUUGUUCUAUUCUUUGCUAAAGAAGGCGGUGGCUACGGUACUUUCUAUCCUCGCUGGUUUAACCCCCCUACGCUCAAAGAGCCUGAAUUGGCACGCCCCCGAGCUCGAACGCUCGCCAAGCGAUGGGCUGAACUCCUCGACAUGAUAGAGGGUUGA